AUGCCAACGAUUGCGCCUACCAAAGAGUUGGUUUCCGAAGUCUACCAAAGGCUGGACCGAAACUUGACCACCGUCCGGCAAUUCCAGAACCGGCCCCUGACUCUGUCCGAAAAGAUCCUGCUGUCCCAUCUCGACAAUCCGGCGGAGACCGACCUGGUACGAGGCGAGACCUACGUCCAGCUACGGCCCGACCGGGUCAUCCUGCAGGACGUGCUGGGCCAGACGGCCAUUCUCCAGUUCAUGCAGACCCUCCGGUCCACCACUGCGGUGCCCACGUCGGUCCACUGCGAUCACCUGAUCCAGGCCCGUGUUGAGGGCUCCCAGGACUUGCGCGAGUCCCUGGGCGAGAACAGCGAGGUCUAUGACUUCCUGAAGACGGCGGCAGCCAAAUACGGUGUGGGCUUCUGGGGCCCCGGAGCCGGCAUCAUCCACCAGGUCGCCCUGGAAAACUAUGCCUAUCCCGCCCAGUUGAUGAUCGGCACCGACUCCCAUACCCCCAACGGCGGCGGCCUUGGCUCCAUUUCCGUGGGUGUUGGCGGCGCGGACGCCGUUGAAGUUAUGGCCGGCCUGCCUUGGGAGGUCCUCUAUCCCCGGUUCAUUGGCGUCCACCUGACCGGCGAACUGAGCGGCUGGACUGCCCCCAAGGACAUCAUCCUUUAUCUGGCUGGCGUCCUGACCGUCUCCGGCGGCACCAACUGCGUCAUCGAGUACUUUGGCCCUGGCACCAGCACCAUUAGCGCCACGGGCAAGGGAACCAUUUGCAACAUGGGCGCCGAGUUGGGCGCGACCUCUUCCACCUUCCCCUAUGACGAGUCCAUGGCCCGCUACCUGCGUGCCACCAACCGCGCCGAGUUGGCGGAACUGGCCGAGCAGUACCGGCACCUGCUGGCCGCCGACCCCGAGGUUGCCGAGAAUCCGUCGGCCUACUACGACCAGGUGGUCGAAAUCAACCUGUCCGAGUUGGAGCCCCACCUGGUGGGCCCCCACUCGCCCGACCGGGCCCGCCCCCUCUCCCGCAUGGCCCAGGAAUUGCAGGAAGACCCCGGCCUGGUGGACGAGAUUUCUUCGGCCCUCAUCGGUAGCUGUACCAACUCCUCUUACGAAGACAUGAGCCGCUCCGCCGACGUGGCGGAACAGGCCAAGGCCCACGGCAUCGGGGCCGCGGUUCCCUUCAUGGUUACCCCCGGUUCCGAGCAGGUGCGCGCCACCAUUGAGCGGGACGGCCAGAUGCAGUCCCUGUCCGACAUCAACGCCACCGUGCUGGCCAACGCCUGCGGGCCCUGCAUCGGCCAGUGGCGUCGGGUCGGCGAUCCCGUAGGCCGCCCCAAUACCAUCCUGACCUCCUACAACCGGAACUUCCCCGCCCGCAACGACGGCGAAGCUUCCACCAUGAACAUCAUCGGCAGUCCGGAGAUCGUGACUGCUCUGGCUUUGGCCGGACGCCUCUCCUUCAACCCCAUGACCGACACCCUUGUCGGCGCCGAUGGGCAGGAGUUCAUGCUGGAGCCGCCCAAGCCCGCGCCCGACGUUCCCCAGGAGGACUUCGAUAAGGGUUCCUCUUCCUACGAUGAUCCGCCGGAAGACGGCAGCGACAUUGAACUGACCGUGGCCCCCGACAGCGAGCGCAUCCAGUUGUUGCAGCCCUGGCAACCCUGGGACGGCGAGGACUUCGUGGAUAUGCCGGUGCUGCUCAAGGCCCAGGGCAAGACCACUACCGACUCCAUCUCCCCUGCCGGUAUUUGGCUCCGCUUCCGCGGUCACCUGGACCGGUUCAGUGACAACAUGUUCAUGGGCGCCAUCAACGCCUACACCGGCGAUGCUGGCAAGGGCAAGAACGUGGUCACUGGCGAGGAGGGCGUUGGCUUCUCCCGCAUCGCCCGCGACUACCAGGCCCAGGGGAUCAAGUGGGUGGUCAUUGGCGACUCCAACUACGGCGAGGGCAGCAGCCGCGAGCACGCCGCCCUGUCGCCCCGCCUGCUUGGCGGCGCGGCGGUUAUCGUCCGCAGCUUUGCCCGCAUCCACGAGAGCAACCUGAAGAAGCAGGGCCUGCUGGCCUUCACCUUCCCGGACCCCGCCGACUACGACCGCCUCCAGGAGGAUGAUCGCAUCAGCCUGGUGGGCCUGAAAGACAUGGCCCCCGGCAAGCAGGUUGAGUGCCGGAUCCAGCACGCCGACGGCACCAGCGAAACCCUGAUGCUCAACCACUCCUACGCCGAGUCCCAGUUCGACUGGUUCCGCCUCGGUUCAGCCCUCAACCUCUUCCACCAGUAG